AUGACAAGGAGAGGAGGAUGCUUGAGCAAGUCGGCGAGCAGUUCGAGAGGUCCCAGGUUGGUUAGAAUGGAGCAGACAAGCAGGGAAGAGGACGAGACGCAGACAGCUGCAAGCCGUACUUUGAGCCGUUCGGGGCUAGGUCCAAGGACCAAUGUGCUCUAG